UGAAGGCGAAGCGGCUGCGCGGUCGGUGGGUCCGAAUAAACGGUCUGAAACACGAUCUCAACCGCCGAGUGGGUCCGAGUCCUGCCUUCCGGCAACCACCAGUAAAGAAAACACAACGCAGAGUCUCAAGGAGCAGCGAGGUGUCCGCUCACACGGACAGGGUUACAUGAAUAGACGUGUCUCCAAUUAACUCAAAUGUGUCAAUUAACCUGUCAGAAGUUUUGAAAGAAACGACAUCAUCAUCUGGCUUUAGUACGGAUAGGCAGUAAAUAAGUCAAGCUUAUUUUCUAUGAAAACAAAAACAGAGUUUACAAAGUAAUGGUACCAUUGGGUCCAAAGAUGAAUCUAGGAAUCCCAAUAAGCACUAAGUCGGGUGUUUUUUUUGUUUUUGUUUGUUUUUUCCAUUUAAAGAGUUUUAACAACUUCUCUUUGUGAGGUUCAGUAAUUUCUGUCAAACAUUCAAUUCAAUCAUAAUCAAACUGUUCUGUCUGUUCUUUUACAAACCUUAGGGUGUUAUGAUCCCAAACAUUUUCUAGGCAGGGAUGUUUUUUUUUGUCCAAAAAUACACAGCUGGUUAAAUGUUUAAAAUUUAAACGUGUAGGAGUCAAAGAAAAAAAAAAGACUUAGUGGUUUAGCAGAAUGAGAAAAGUACAUAUAAUUUUGUUUUUAAAUCUGUAAUUAACAGGAUACUGUGUUGCACAACUGAGAGAUAAAAUACAAAACCACACGAAGAAAAAAGAGAAAACUUUUCUCUUUUCGUUUCUCUUUUCAAUAGGACCUAUGUUCAACUUUGAUUUCUCAAAUUUUAUGCUUUUGUAGAACAGAUUUUCUUUCAAAGUAAAUGUCACAGUAAAAUACAUAAUUAUUCCUAUUACGCGUCUUUGAAUACUUUAAAGUUAAUUUUAAAAAAAUGAAUUUACAGAUACUGCAUGUUUUAAAUAGAUGUGUAGUAUAAGAAAAAAAAUAAUUUUACGCAAAAUUAAAAACAUAGGGAAUACUUUUAUUUUGAAAACAUUGACUCCAGCCGGAAGUUUCCACAAAAUAAUACGGAAAUAGAGAUUAAACUUCUGCAUCUCUACAUUGUAUGUGGUGACGUUUAACUCCUUAUAAGAUCUUGAAGCGUCAAAGAUAACAACCUCAAGGAUGGCAUUGGAGGUGAAAGUGGCCUUUCUCCUUCCUCUCUUUAUGAUUGUCAUGUUGUCACUUGGUUCUGACAGUCAUACUCUCUCUGAGCGCUUCAGAAGCCCUGCUAUCAGGGUUGUAUCUAAUGAAACCACAAAGAAAGCUCCAGAUGUAGCAGCAGAGGUGGGAAGAUAUGAAGAUGUGGCCAAGCGCAUCAUUGAGCUAGCUGUAUUUGGUGCGGCCCAGAAUCGCUCUUACAGACGGCUGGCUGACUUUACUGACACAAUCGGGAACCGGGUCAGUGGGUCACGGAACCUGGAAAUGGCUAUUAAAUACAUGUACACUGCCAUGAAACAGGAUGGACUGGAUGUUCAUCUAGAACCAGUAAAAAUCCCUCACUGGGUUAGAGGGAAGGAGAGUGCAGAGAUGAUUAUGCCUAGGGCCAAGAGCCUGGCUAUACUGGGCCUGGGCAGCAGUGUAGGAACGCCUCCCGAAGGUGUUGAGGCUGAGGUGUUGGUGGUUCAGUCUUUUGAGGAACUGAAGCGUAGAGCCAGCGAGGCCACAGGGAGGAUUGUGGUUUUUAACCAGCCUUUUAUCAGCUACUCGGAGACGGUUGCUUAUCGUGCUUUCGGUGCUUCAGAGGCAGCUAAAGUGGGAGCUGUGGCCACACUCAUUCGAUCUGUCACCCCUUUCUCUAUUAACAGUCCUCACACAGGUUUGCAGAUCUACCAAGACGGAGUGAAGCGAAUCCCCACAGCCUGCAUCACAGUGGAGGACGCUGAGCUAAUGUGGCGUUUGGCUCAAAACAAACAGAAGAUUGUGGUCAGACUCAUAAUGGGAGCCCAGACUCUGCCAGAUGCUGACUCUUUUAACACAGUGGCUGAGAUAAGAGGCUGGCAGCACCCGGAGCAGGUUGUCCUAUUGAGCGGUCAUCUGGACAGCUGGGAUGUUGGCCAGGGCGCCAUGGAUGAUGGAGGUGGAGUCAUGAUAUCCUGGGAGGCUCUGUCCCUCAUCAAAGACCUGGGUUUGCGCCCAAGAAGAACUUUGCGAGCGGUUCUGUGGACAGGUGAGGAGCAGGGUGGUGUCGGUGCACAGCAGUACUUCAAUCUACACAAGGAGAACAUCUCCAACUUUGACCUUGUUAUGGAGUCUGACUUGGGGACCUUCACCCCGAUGGGUCUGCAGUUUUUAGGCAGUGAGGCGGCACGAAAGGUGAUGGAAGAAGUUAUCAAACUUUUGGCUCCCAUUAAUGUAACCAAACUGGAGACCGAUGCCGAGGGGACAGAUAUCUUUCUGUGGAUGCAAGCAGGAAUCCCAGGGGCCAGCCUUCAUGUGGCAGACAGUCGUUACUUUUGGUUCCACCACAGUGAGGGAGACACCAUGACAGUCCAGGACCCUCACGACAUGGACCUCUGCUCAGCAUUGUGGGCCGUGGUUGCGUACGUCGUGGCUGACCUGGAGGACAUGCUGGCCAGAAGGCCGUAAUGUCAGAUUGAUCACAACCUGAAUCAGGUUGCACUUUUACUGAAUGAGUUUUAGUUUUGUCCUCAAAACAACAUGAGUGUUUGGAUGAAUGAGAGAACAUAAACUCUGAUGCACAAGGGUAGCAAGUAAAGUUAAAUUAAGCCCAAUAUACUUGAAAAGAUUUUCAGAAUUAGAUUUUUACUGGCAAUAUUCUUGAAUGGAAAAUGUUCAGUGCAACACCUAGUUCUCUUUUAUCUUCUGAUCCAGGGUGUAGCCUGACUCUGUCAAUAACCACUAGAUAAAGCCUGUCUCUAAUGGACAAUGAGGAUAAGCAGGUUUAAUUAAUGGACGGCUGCAUAGCCAUGCUUUUUUCCUGCUAAUGUAAUAUCGCAGAAAAAUUAGGCCACAAACAAUUAGCAACUUUCCAUUCAGAAACAGACUGGUCAAGCCACAAUACAAUAGAAAACAUUUAACCCAAGCAAAAUCUCUACUUUAUUAAGGCGAACAUUUUAUCACACUUUUUGAGAUCUACAAAUUAUUUUCCACAAAAUUAAGAAUAUUGUGUAAAAUUAUUGCUCAGCAGGUGAAAAUAAUUUAAGAAUAAAUUAUUUAGCAUUUUAAAGUUGGGGAAAAUAAAUUAUGCAAAAUUAUGAAAUCUGGUGUAGGCCCUAACCUAUCAAACAUGCAUUUUUAGUGGUCUUAGUGAACAUUUAAUUCUCACUAAAGCAAAAUUAAAAGUUUUCAUUUGCUUAUUUAUUAAAUAGAAAUUUAGGCGAUGUAUGUAACUACUGAAAACAACUUCUCAAGUAAUUCAUAGUGAUGCGUUUGUGGUAGUAUUAGGCAGGUUUGACAAUCAUGUAAAAGUUU